UGCGACGUUACAGCGAAUCUCAGAAUAAAGUGCAUUUUCAAGCCUUUUUCAUCUAGAAUAUAUUUAUCACCACUCAAAAUCAGAACGAAAAUGUCACAAGAUAUCGGCGAUGUCGAGGGAGAAGACACUAGUAUUUACAGCGAUACCGUAAAAGCACUGUCGUCCGGACUGCUGCAAAUCUAUGAACCUACGUUGAAUGAAGUUAAACACAAUUUAGCGGAUUUACUAGAAAAGCAGGAUCAAAUGCAAAAAGCAUUAGAGGAGGAAAGAAAAGUUUAUAAUUCCCAAGAUGUGCAACAAAUCAACGAAAUGGUUACCAAAAUAAAAUGUUACAGGGAAAAGGCUAUUCGGAUCAAGACUCAAAUGCACCAAGUUCAUCAGCGGGCAAAAAGUUUACGAGCUAAAGCCUUGGACAUGCAAGAACUAAAAGUCAACCAAUGCGCAUCUAAGUUACAGCAACUGCACUAUGAAGAAUCUCUAGUUGCAAACAACAAGCGAACUCCGAGCAAAAAAUCUUAGUGGUAGGUUAAAAUAUAUUCGUAUAUUCGAGAUCAAUCGUCAAUCAAUUCAUGGAAACAACUUGAAUCAAAACUUGUUAAGGCUAAAGAUAUUUUCAAAAGACUAAAACAUAAUCUCAAAAAAAAAAGUAAUUUCGGGGUUUAGAAAAUCCCGAAAGUUCUCAAUUUACCACAGAGUGUAGGUAUAUACUUUCUGUUCAAUCUCAAUCGUCUGUUUAUUCACGGCGAAUAUAAAAUUCGAUUUUUAAUUUAGUAUAAUUGAUAGCUACUGGAAUUGUAUUUGCAUUUAAACAUGAUAUCAAAUCACUAAACAGGGUUUGUUGGAUUUUAUUGUCACUUUUUACGGAACUAACUUUAAAUAGUUUGUUCUGCCACAGUACAUUAUAUCAUAUCAACAUUAAGUUAAACAAAUCUAUGAAAAGUGUUUUGUAUCUUUUUAAUUAAACCAUCAAUAAAUUUAAAAUCUAUACAACAAACGUAUACAAAUCUAA